CAAACGCGAAGCUAGUAGCUCUCGAGCAUUCGCGCGCGUCGGAGCGUACGUUCGAUCGAUUAUUUUCUCUGUCGGUUUCUCUUUUUUUUUAUUUCAUUCGUUAUCUACAACUUUCCCAAUAACAGAGAUCAAACCGGUUGACUGAAACAAACCCGUUCCUGGAAAAUAAAAACUCGUUUUGUCAGCAUUGACGCGAUCCAAAAGGCGGCGAUGAUCGAUAGCAUCACGGAUCGGUUCACUAUGCAACUUACCGGAAGUUAACACGUGUGGGAAAUCAUUUUUGGAGUGAAAAAACGAGAAUAUCAGGCGCCAUAAAUUUAACAUCCCCAAAGUGGCGACUACACAAAAUUCCGACAUGAAGGGAUUUAAGAGAGAUUGGAUUUUUAGAGUCCAGGUGCCCAAUCUGGAAAAAAAUGAAGUUGUUUAUGUGGUUGGAAAUCUGCCUGAAUUGGGUGCUUGGAAUCAUAAUCAGGCUAUUCUAAUGUCACAGGAGCAUAACAAUCGCAGGGAGUCUCCUGCACUGUUUGAUAAUAGCAGUGGAGAUUUCUAUAAUGAUGAUGGGUGUGAAGGCACUGCAACUGAUAGCAUAUUUGAUAGUGAAAAAAAUUUCAGAGAUGGACGAAUAUUCUCACAAAAGGUUGCUCUUCCUAUCGAUGUUGAUAUCGAAUUCCGAUACUUUAUAGCUGUCAUCUGUCAAUCAAAUAGCACUAAAAAUUCAGCUAAAACUAUGAUUAUUCGUAGAUGGGAAACUCAUAUGACACCAAGAAUAAUUAAUAAAAAUAUACCAAGCAAUUUUGAUAAUGACAUAUUGCCAGAGCCUGAUAAAUUUGGCUAUCACAAUAAUUAUUAUAAGGUUGAACGAGGUUGGUUAACAGAUGAAACUGUGAUACAAUUUAAACUUUUUAACAAUCCUAUUAAACUCUGGAAGAAUCGGCUUCAAAAUAGAAAAGUUUAUAUUAAGAUGACACCUGUAAAUCUAGUUAGACACAAUUCCUUAGAAUUGCAACAGUUUGGGGGCGACUGUGUAGAUGAUAGUCUUUCUAUGGAUACACAAGAUAUUAUUGAUCAACCUGCCUUUACAAGUAUUACGGAAAUCGCUGUAAUGAAUGAUGAAGAAGCUAAAUUCAAAUCCCAGGAACAAUUCGGCCGUCCUUACAAUGAAGAUGAAUUUGUAAUCUUCAACGUUGCAGUUCGGUAUACUGACACAAUUGCAUACUUAGUGGACUACUACGUGUACAGCUCAAAGUGUUUCCCAGGAGAACCACCAAAUCACAUUGGUUUCAGCUAUAUCCUGCCUAGUACUUUACAAUCCAGUGUUGGACUUGUCACUGUACCAAUUACUAGUACAAAGCAUCGACCGAUUGGGCAAUUGACAGUGGAAUAUGUCGUCAUAAAACCUAUUCCGGAUUAUCCGUGGGACACCAGCAUUUCGUAUGCGAAACACUGGGAACAACGGUGGUCAGGUUUAGACGUAGGACAUAGAGGACUUGGCACAUCUUUCAAGUUUGAAAUGAAAAACUGUGCUAACGUACGCGAGAAUACAAUCGCGUCUUUGAAGACUGCUUCAUAUCACGGUGCAGAUAUGGUCGAGUUUGAUGUUCAAUUAUCAAAGGAUCUUAUACCUGUAAUCUACCAUGACUUUUACGUAUCUAUCUCGAUGAAACGUAAAAAACAGAUAGAGGCUAUGGAUAUGCUAGAAAUACCUGUUAAAGAUCUUACUUUAGAACAACUGCAUUUACUCAAGGAUUAUUGUUACCCGGCGGACUCGUUGGGUAAGGUGCUCUAUUUCGUUGAUAAAGCUGAGCAGAGGGUUAACAAACUGGUUUAUCAUACUGCCGAGGGCCGUGAAAAGAAUCCUAGAUUCUUCGAUGAGGAUUUGGAAGAUCAUCAACCUUUCCCUACGCUACAAACCGUACUUCAGGAAUUAGAGCAGCAUGUUGGAUGUAAUAUCGAAAUUAAAUGGACCAUGCAAUUGAAGGAUGGCACAUUCGAACUUAAUCAUCCCUUUGAUCUCAAUAUAUAUCUAGACAUUAUUUUGAAAGUAGUAUUGGAAUAUGGAGGUGAUCGAAAAAUCGUAUUUUCCGCGUUCAAUCCGGACAUUUGCGCGAUGAUUCGUCUCAAGCAAAAUAAAUAUCCAGUAAUAUUUCUAACACAAGGCGUUACAUUGAAGUAUCCUACUUAUCAUGAUCCAAGAUGCCAGACGAUACCGAUGGCUAUAAAACAUGCGUUGGCUGCGGACAUUCUAGGGAUUAACGUUCAUACAGAAGACAUUCUUCGAGAUCCAUCUCAAGUCAAGUUAGUUAAGGAUGCGGGAUUAAUCAUGUUUUGUUGGGGUGAUGAUAACAACGAUAAGGCCACUAUCCAGUAUCUGAAGAAACUUGGCUUACACGCAGUUAUAUAUGAUAAAAUUGAUGAGUAUAACGCAAAAGAAGUGAAGGAAAGUAUAUUCUUAGUGGAUGCUAGAGAAAGUCAGAAAGAGCUGAUAGCCUUGGCACAUUGCAGUCAAAUACCACAGACACAAAUCUCUACUCCCUUGAACACAGAGAAGGAAUGUUACUUGGACCGACCGUCGACGACCAUAUCGUUCACGAAAAACAGUAUUGGCGGCGAAAAUAUAUAUUCCGUACCGACCUUAAAGAUAUCAGCCAAUUGCGAAGAAAACAAGGAGAUAAACGAGAUAACCAAGGAUUUCAGUACCUGUGCGAAUACUUUCGGCAACUUGGCGGCAAAUACGAAAAAUGUAUCUAAUCUGAUAUGUGGACAAUCGACCGCUCUAUCUGAAAUUUAUGGGGAGGAUGAAGCGGCGAAAGAUUGUCUUUGAUGCUUUUCCUUUAAAAAAUCCUUCUCAUGGUUUUGAUGGAGAGUGAGAGGAAGAAUCUAGUAAUGCGACAGCAGGAAAAACUUGUUUUCUAACUUACGCUAUAUUUAUAGUUGAUAAGUAUUAUCAAGAAUCGUUGUUGCUUUAAAAUAUAAUAUGCGAUACGCGAAGAAAAAUCGUCCGAUUUAUUUCUCUCGUACAUACUAUUUCUUCAAUCGGUCCAUUUUUCUCACGUAUUAUACAGCGUGCGUCGGAAGCUUUUUAAUCGGAAAAAUUAGCUUAAAUAUUUGAGAUUUAUAUUUUUUAGUGAGAAUAAUUUAGAGAAAAAGAAGUUCUCUUAUUCAAGGUUAGCAAAAAAGUCUAGUGAGUGAGGCUAUGAUAAAUUCUAUUAAUUUUUUAAUAUUCUGUCCUUUAUUCCAGUAGAAUAAACUGGCAAAAAAUAUAGAUAUGAUUAAUA